UCUAACGACUAUUAAUAUGCAUUAAAUUUGAGGAAAGCGCGGAAAGCGAAAGUACAUGUUAUUUUCGAAAAACCAAUUCCAAAACAUUGCGUCAGAAAACUGCAUGUGGAUUGUUUCAUUUUCAAAAUGGGCGCUUACCAAUCUCACGAAACUUACAACUCGAUCAACACUGAUGUAAAAGAUGGGAAAAGGUACUGGGCAAGAUUUGUGGAUAAGCCUUUUGCAAAGGGGGCAAGCCGUUUAGCAUUUCAAGGGACACUGUACGGUGAUGGACCAAGAAACGGGUCAAAAUGCGUUACGAAGGUAUUCAAAUCGGAAUACGCCCAGCAUUUUGUUCAAAUGGCACCAGACUUGGCGGCGAGUAAGAAAGCUCUUGGAUAUGCUGAAGAAUUUGGCAGAAAUUAUUUCCGGCGAAUUCGAAACUACAUUCACGAGAAUGAAAUAGAAUUCCUCAUACCGCUCAUAGCAAAAAUGCAGUACGUCUCCACUUUCAACGUUUUGUGGUUUAUCCCAUACGAUACGGAUUCUAGAUACGUGAAGUCCAACGAGCACGUGUCUAUCGAGCCUUUCAUCGAGGGCCAGUAUGACAAAUUCAACUCGAACGGAGGCUAUGAAAAGAGCAUCCACGAAUUGAUGACGACAUUCUGCCACUGGACCUGGUACAUCAGUGGUCACAAGUUCAUGGUCUGUGACCUUCAGGGUGUGAAAUCAGGACGGAAAUACAUCCUGACAGACCCUGCAAUCCAUUCUUAUGACUGUCGUUUCGGUAACACAGACCUUGGUGUCGUCGGCAUGGAGAUGGUGCUGGGGAACCAUAACUGUAACAAGCUAUGCCGAGAAUUGGGCCUUAACAACCCAAUGACUGGCCUGAAUAUGCGCUCAGGGCCGAGAUCUACUACCUACUCCUUUCAGGUGACAGAAGAAGAUUUGCUGCGCGCAAACCGUGGGAGCAGCCGCCACUUCCGGCCCAUGUCCGCCAUAUUUGAAGUUAAUAACUUGUAAAUGGUUUUGUUUACCAAGAUACAGUAGACUUAUUGUGAUUCAGACAUUUUCUUUCAUAACAUUUUGUUUUAUUAUAAAAGGGGCCAAAUAUUGCUUUUUCAUUUGCCAUUGUUCAUAUACAAUAAUAUACAUGCUAUUUCUUUUAUUCUUAUGUCUUUACACACUAUUCAUGUCCUAGUUUGUCAGCAUGUAUUUGUUAAUGCUCUUGGUAACCCUGUAACAGUUGUCAGUUAAUUAAACUCACAAAACGACAGCA